AGCACUGCUUGGAGCGAGGCAGCCUGUGCAGCCAAGCGAGGUCCUGCCCAGCUGUUUGCGAAGAUUUCCUGUUUCCCCUCCAGCCCAGGCUCGAGAAGUUGAGUGAGUCACACGCACGCAUACCCCCACACGCAGCUACACACACACUCUCUCUCUCUCUCUCUCACACACACACACAUACACACACACGGGGCGAGCCGAGCCGCUGCAGAAGAGCCGAGCCCCGCGGCCAGCCUCAGGGGCCCCCAGCCCGGCCCGUAGCCCGGACGCCACAUCUGGCCUGCACAUCUGCCCAAGGAAGGAGGGAGAGCAGGAGCAGGGCGCGCCGGGGGCCAAGCCGGGCGAGCCGGGCAGAGGCGGCCGGGCCAGCCCAGUGGGCGCCCCUUCCUCCACCCCUUCCUCCUUCUCCUCUUCCUCCUCGUCCGCCCCGGCUGCAGCCCGGCUCCCGCUCUAUGCGGAGGCGGAGCGGGCUCGGCCAUGAGUCGGGCUGACCUGCGGAGCCCGGGGCUGCUGCUCCUCUUCCUGUGGACGCGCAUCGCCAGCACCAUCCCUCCCUACGUCCAGAAGAUGGUUGAUGGAAUUCCAGUCACUGAGGAAAAUGGGGCCAUAAAGACUCCGCUCCUCUGCAAGUUUUGUGAUGUACAAGCAACCAACUGCACCAAUGAUGGGAACUGCUUCAGCUACUGCAGCAUCACAGCAAUCUGUGAGCAUGCCUCCGAGAUCUGCGUGGCUGUGUGGAGGAAGAAUGAUAAAAACGUGACAAUAGAAACCAUCUGUCAUGAUCCUACCCUCAGGGUCCACGGCUUUGCCUUGGAGGAUUCUAAUUCUGACAAGUGCAUAAUGAAGGAAAAAAAGGUCCCUGGUGAGACCUUCUUCAUGUGUUCCUGUAGGAAGGAAGAAUGCAAUGACAUCCUACGUUUCUCAGAAGAAGUUUUUGACCACUUGGAGCUAAUGGCCAUCAUCUCCAAAGUGACCGUCAUCAGCCUCCUUCCGCCCCUGGGCAUCGCUAUCGCUGUGAUUGUCAUCUUCUAUUGCUACCGCGUCCACCGCAGGAGAAAGCUGAGCACCGCCUGGGAGACCAGCAAGCCUCGGAAGCUGGUGGAGUGCAGUGAGCGCUGCGCCAUGAUGAUGGACGAUGACCGCUCGGACAUCAGCUCCACCUGCGCCAACAACCUCAACCACAACACAGAGCUGCUGCCCAUCGAGCUGGACACGCUGGUGGGGAAGGGGCGCUUCGCCGAGGUCUACAAGGCCAAGCUGAAACAGAACACAUCCGAGCAGUUUGAGACGGUGGCGGUCAAGAUCUUCCCCUAUGAGGAGUACGCCUCCUGGAAGACGGAGAAGGAGAUCUUUUCGGACAUCAACCUCAAGCACGAGAACAUCCUUCAGUUCCUGACGGCCGAGGAGCGGAAGAUGGACUUGGGCAAGCAGUAUUGGCUCAUCACCGCCUUCCACGCCAGGGGCAACCUGCAGGAGUACCUCACCAGGCACGUCAUCAGCUGGGAGGACCUGUGGAAGCUGGGUAGCUCCCUGUCCCGCGGCAUCGCCCAUCUCCAUAGCGACCACACCCCCUGUGGGAGGCCCAAAACAGCCAUUGUGCACAGAGACCUGAAGAGCUCCAACAUCCUUGUGAAGAAUGACCUGACCUGCUGCCUCUGUGACUUUGGGCUGUCCCUGCGCUUGGACCCCACCCUCUCCGUGGAUGACUUGGCGAACAGCGGGCAGGUUGGGACAGCGAGAUACAUGGCUCCGGAAGUUUUGGAAUCCAGAAUGAACCUGGAGAAUAUGGAGUCCUUCAAGCAAACAGACGUAUAUUCCAUGGCUCUGGUUCUCUGGGAAAUGACGUCUCGCUGCAAUGAGAUAGGAGAGGUCAAGGAAUACGAGCCACCAUUUGGUUCCAAGGUGAGAGAGCAUCCCUGUGUGGAGAGUAUGAAGGAUAACGUGCUGAGAGACCGAGGCCGGCCUGAGAUCCCCAACACGUGGCUCAGCCACCGAGGUAUACAGAUGGUUUGUGAGACCCUGGCUGAGUGCUGGGACCACGAUCCGGAGGCGCGGCUGACCGCUCAGUGCGUGGCCGAGCGAUUUGACGAGCUGGGUGACCUGGACCGGCUGUCGGGGAGAAGCUGUUCGGAGGAGAAGAUCCCUGAGGACUGCUCUCUGAGCCCCACCAAGUAACCUCGGGCUCAGCUCGUGGUGAGGCCAAGGAUGCUGCCCAUCCACUCCGAGGGCCGAGGGCAGGAAAACAGCAUCUGAUAAGCACCUCGCCCAGCUUCCUGUGAAUCCGAGGGGGGCCCUGCACUCCCCUGAAGCCAGGGCUCUGGAGAGGAACUCGCUUUGGUGGGAACCGGCGGCCGGCGGGGAGUGGGUGACAUCAAGCAUUCCACCCCUUUGACAUUGUCAUAGGAUAAGCUGUGCUAGCACUUCCUCAGGAAAUGAGAUCCCCCCCCUUCCUUACAAUAGCCAAUAACAAUUGCACUUUAUUAAUGCCUGUAUAUAAACUACGGAAUAGCUCUGUUUUAUAUAUAUUAAAAGAUCUAUAUCUAUAUCUAUAGUUUUAUCUACAGCCAUACUCAGUAGAGACAUGGAAAAGAGGAAAAUGCCAACGAGAUUAUUGUUGUGUCAGAGGAAUGCGGGGAGCCUCUCCCCACCCCUUGAUAUAGAAGAGUGGAUUUCUAUGGGAGUGGAUUGCGGCCCCCCACACCCCCAUUCACUCUUUCCCAUGUUUCACGAGAAUGCCAAAGCUCCCUGCUGGCCCAGACCAGCGGUUUUUAAUCCCUGUUCCUCUGUGCUGUUCUGUUUGGGGGUUCAUCUGGGCUUCUGACUGACUCCUUCUGGGCCCCGACUUUGAGAUCACAUUCCUUGAAGGAGCUCAGCGUCGGUUGUACCUAUCGCCCCAUUGGCCGGGAGCCCUUCAGAAACUGGAGCCUGUGGUGAUCACAGGCUCCAGAGAAGUGUGGAGGAGCAGCUCCCUCCAUGCGCGCCACCCCCCCCCCCCAAAGCUGCCAAAGCCAGACAGAUGUUUUCGAUUUGCCUUACCUUAUGUUAGACGGUUGUGCUUUUCUUUAUGAAGACGUUUUCACGAAUAUUUUACUCCUGAGCCAUCCACCACUUCUUACCCUGUUCCCCACCCCCCAAUCAUUUGGCCAAAUCUCUGCUCCCCAACCCCACCAGAUGUGCACCCCAUGUUAUUUUCACCUCUGGUUUUCUAUGCAAAAACCAAUGAAUUCCAUCUCUUCCCAGCCCCUGAACGCACUUGGACACUUUGGCAUUAUGGAAAGGAGAUGAUAGAUGAUAUUGUUGUAGGCCGGCUUCCCUAGACCUUACAGGAAACACAAGUCCUGCUCCAACCCUGAACUUGUAACAGAUUUUCCUCUGGUGAGCCCUGGCUUGUUCCUCCAGUUAGGAAUGAGAGGAGGUGUGACCCAGUGGGCUCUGGAUUGAUUCCCAGCCCUGCUAUCUCUGUUUAUGACUGCUGAUGAAUCAUUUCGCCAUCCACACCUCGAUUGUUGCAUCUGUAAAUCGCAAGGGUGAUUAUACUAAAGGGCUUUUAAGGUUCCUUUAAACUCAGAAUCUGUGCCUUCACCCCCACCCCAUAUCCCAUCCAAGAUUGAAAGGAAGGUGAAGGUGGCAUAGGAACAUCCCCAAUCUUUCUUUUCUUUUUUCUGUUUCCUUAAGGCUUUGUGGGAUCAAACACCAUCUCCCAGAGGCCUUUGCUCCAAGCAUCAGUCAGCUCCCAAAGCAAGCAUUCCCAGGUCUGUCCAGAGCCAGCUAUAUCUGUAAAGCAUUAGGGAAUCUUAGUCAGCAACAUGAGAAGGCCUUGCUUGGUGGCCCAAAAGGGAUCCUAUUUCUCCAUGUGAGAGCUUUAAAAAAAAGAAAAAAAAACUCAGGCAAAGAGGCUUGAUUAAAAAAUGCUGUUGGGAAUGACUGAAGAGAAAGGAGACACAGACAAAGGGGCCACUCAGAUUUGUUGUUGUUGUUGAAGGGUUGGGGGGCACGGAAAGAAAAACAGACAUAACACAAGGGGAAGGGCAGUCCCCUCCCCAGGGAGGCAUUAUUUGGGGGAGGGGGAAGGUGGGCAGGAACCUGGGUUACCACUCUGUCCUAAAAAAGCCGUUUUCAUGUCUAGUGCCUUUGGACAGCUGGGACCCAUUGACCUCUAGUGGUUGAUGGGUAGAAUCCUCGGGUACCGGCUCAUUCACGGCCUUCCCCCUGACAAGUAAUCAACAGAAACUGGAAUGUAGUAUAAUAUUAUCCUGGGGCCUCUUUGUAUUUUCUCAUCCAAGGCAGAAAACUAAGGAAUAAUGUCCUAUAGUUCCUGGAUUUACCAACCUUUUUUUUCUUUCCCCCCAAACAACUACACAUAAAGGGAAAUCUUUCUUCUUUUGAGGAACAUUUCAACUGUACAUGACAUACGAAAUAGGAAUGUGAAUUAUAUAUAUGCUUUUUUUAUCAAAUGUUUCAAGCACUUAUUUCCACUCUAAGCCGUGUUUGUUUGUUUGUUUUUUUAAAUAAAUCUAAUGUUUAUUAAGUCAAAUAAAGCAAUAACGCUCAGGAAAA